AUGACGAAGAUCUUGAAAACGGUAUUGAGUAAGGAUGAGAAGAUAGACUCUGCCACGCAGUCCUACAUUGAUGACAUUCUGCUGGAUGAGAGCAAGGUAACAUCUGCUGCACUGGUGAAGCACCUGGCCAACUAUGGGUUGACAACGAAAGAACCAGAGCCAUUGGAUGGUGGCGCUGCAUUAGGUUUGAAGUUGAAAUCUGAUUCCACAGGAGAUCUCAUAUUUUCCAGAGCCAACAGGAUUCCCCAUGCAGUGUCUAAAGUCACCAAACGGGAGUUGUUCUCGAUCUGCGGAAAACUUACAGGUCAUUAUCCGGUUGCUGGAUGGUUAAGGAUAGCAUGCAGCUACAUAAAGAGAAGGGCAAAUGGUACCAAUUGGGAGGAGAUCGUAGACGAUGAAGUGGAGAAAAUGUUGAAGGAAAUGUUGAGCCGUUUGACUAAUGAGGAUCCCGUCAAAGGCAAAUGGUACGUGCCUAAAGCAACCAAAGGAACCGUAUGGUGUGAUGCUAGCAGUAUCGGAUAUGGUGUGCUACUUGAGGUCAAUGGCAACGCGGUAGAGGAUGCUGCAUGGCUUCGGAAACCUUCAGAUUUUGAUCAUAUCAACGUAGCAGAGCUGGAGGCUGUGAUGAAAGGUGUAAACAUGGCCAUCAAAUGGAACAUCUCUGAAAUCGAAGUUAUCACUGACUCAGCAACGGUGGCUGGUUGGAUCAAAACUGUUCUAUCGGAAGAGAGGAAAGUGCACACCAAAGGGGCAGCGGAGUUGAUUGUGAAGAGAUGA